UAACAAUAUGGCGUACUGAUGACAACAGAACAGGUGGUGGGAAGGAUUUUAAGAAGGUUUGUGUUGCUGUUGGUACCUAAACGGAUAAUCUAUCACGAUGUCGAAUCACGGCUACUAUGGAAUGGAGUACGACCGUACGGUUGAAAACACGAACACGUCAACGCUACACAAGAUGAAAGAGACGUACUGGACCACGAAGCAGGCUGUCAUCAAGAAACUCGGCAAGAAGGAGGACGAACACAUCGUCGCCUCGGACGCACAGCUAGACGCCAAACUCGAGGUGUUCAAAGCUGUGCAGAAAUCCUGUAUGGACUUGCUAAGAGUUAUAGAGCGAUACCAAGACCGGCUGUGUGCAUUGUCUCAGGAAGAGAACACAAUGGGUCGGUUUCUCAAGUCACAGAGCGGCCAUGACAAGACUCGAGCUGGCAAGAUGAUGGCUGCUGUAGGAAAAUCACAGAGCUUUGCAGCACAACAGAGGUUAGCUCUACGUGUGCCCCUAGUUAGACUAUAUCAAGAAGUGGAAACGUUUCGCUACCGGGCAAUUUCCGAUACGCUAGUCACCAUUAACAGAAUGGAGGGUGCACGCACGGAGUACAGGGGCGCCCUCUUGUGGAUGAAGAACGUAUCAGAAGAGCUUGACCCGGACAUGUACAACAGACUUGAAAAAUUCAGAAAGGUUCAGAGUCAGGUUCGUAAAACGAAAUCGCGUUUCGACAAGCUGAAACUGGACGUGAUGCAGAAGGUGGACCUGCUAGCCGCGAGUAGGUGUAACAUGUUCUCUCACGUACUGGCUAACUACCAGUCCACCCUGCUACACUUCUGGGAGAAGACCUCGCGGACAAUGUCUGCCGUCGCCGAGAGCUUCAAAGGAUAUCAGUAUUACGAGUUUAACAUGCUAAAGGAGUUAGCAGAGCCCAGUAAGAAAUUAGUGGAAGACGCGGCUACGAGAGAAACUCCGCAGAAAGAUACUGAUGAUUUCGACUCUGCCAAGUUGUUGGAUUUUGAAAGUGAACUGGCUGAUGAAACGUCACAGGAGAAGAAAGCAACGUCAAUAAGUCAAGUUACGAAAGAGAAAAAUGGUCAGAAAGCUGGUGAAGACGAAUUCGGCCCAUUCAUGGAUUUUGACGUUGAAGAAGAUGAUUCUAUAAACCCAGCAAAUGAGGAUUUCGAUUUUAGUGGAAAAAUUCUCGAAGCUAGAGAAAAGAACAAAGAGAUGGCCAAGAAAGGCCCGACCGACCUGCUCACUGAUGACCUAGAGCAGGAUGAUGCUGACAAGGACGACAUGACGCUGCUGAAUGAGAUACUCAACGCACCAUCCACGGGUGAGGACGAGUUCACGCAGGAGUGGCAGGCCGUGUUCGGCUUGAACCAGCCCCCCACCUCCCCUACCCUUCUCCUCGCCGAGACCGACCAGCCCAAGACCACGGCCGAGUUCAUGCCAUCCAGCCUGCUCGAUCUGAGUUCGCAGAUGUCGACUAUCAACAUUGGACAAGGCGAGCAAGCUAAAAUUCCCAUUGGUGCAAAAGAGAAGUCCACACUUGCUGCAGCCGGCGGUGCUUCACAACAAAAACAAGGAAAAUCAAAACAGCAGAAUCCACCUAAAAAGGGGCAGAAAGGUGACAUGUCUGCAUGGUUCAACCUCUUUGCUGACCUUGACCCCCUGUCAGAUCCUGAUGCAAUUGGUCGAGAGGAGAAACCGGGAGCUUUGUAAUCGAUUCUCAGAAAAAAAUAUCACAGAAUCUUCUUGCUGCAUCGUCAAGUUAUUUGUCGAAUCAAUUCUCAGAAAAUAUCACAGAAUCUUUUUGCUGGGUCGUCAGUUAUUUGUCAAAUCGAUUCUCAGAAGAUAUCACAGAAUCUUCUUGCUGGGUCGUCAGUUAUUUGUUGAAUGUUUUCACAAACUCUGGAGUGCUGUGAAAAGACAUCUGAUCGAGUGUUAUGAACAUGUUAACUCGUGUUAUACAAAUCUCUCUGUUAUAAAAAGACUUUGUCAGUAUAUAAGAAUUGUUAACCAGUUAUAGAAAUCUCAGUGUAUACGGUUGUUUUUUGUCUAGGGCUAUUGAAAUGUCAGUGUUUUUAGAACUCUGCUGGUGUUUAAUGUCAAUUACCAGUUAUAAUUAUUGGAAUUAAUUUUGCAAAAAUAAACUUCUAACCACUUUUAUUUUUAAAAAAAAGAAUCUCAACCAGUUCUAAAAAUCUCAGCUAGUUUCAGGGAAAUAUCAUCUGCAUGUAGUUUUAUCAAAAUCUCGGUCAGGUAUAAAAAUCUCAACUAACUUUAUAAAAAAUAUCUGUGUUAAAAUCAGUUUAAAAAAAAAAUUGCAACAAGUUAAAAAAAACCCCAUCUCAACUGUAGUUUGGUCAAAAUAUGAAGGACUUAUAAAUUUAAACUUUAUAUCCAAUUUUUUUUAAAUCUCAAAAUAAUCUACCAGUGCUAUAAAACUUUAAUUAUAAAAAUAUCGAUCUAUUUAAGAUUAUUUCUCUAACUAACUCAAUUUAGAAAAGUAGCAGAUUUUAGUAUAAAAUGGGGAGAGGGUGGAAUAAGUAAGAUGUGCAAUGAUGUUGACAGUGGGAUAAGGGGGAGGGUAGGGUGAAUUUGGGGAGGGAGAUGGAGUGGAAUAAAUCUGGUAUUAUAAAUGGGGGAGAGAGUGGGAUAUGGAAGAAGGUGGAAUAAAUUGUGUAUAAAAUGGGGAGAAAUUGGGAUAAUGGACAAGUGGAAUGACGUGUAUAAAUUGUGAAGAGUGGGAUUAAAUAAGUCUGGUAUAAAAUGGGGAGAAAUUGGGAUACGGGACAAGUGGAUUGAGUUGUAUAAAUUGUGAAGAGUGGGAUUAAAUAAGUCUGGUAUAAAAUGGUGAGAAAUUGGAAGAGUGGGAUUAAGGGAGAGGGUGCAAUAAGUCUGGUAUUAAAUGUGGAUAAAUUGGGAUACGGGACAAGUGGAAUGAGUUGUAUAAAUUGGGAAGAUUGGGAUUAAGGGAGAGGGUGCAAUAAGUCUGGUAUUAAAUGGGGAUAAAUUGGGAUACGGGACAAGUGGAAUGAGUUGUAUAAAUUGGGAAGAGUGGGAUUAAGGGAGAGGGUGCAAUAAGUCUGGUAUUACAUUGGGAUACGGGACAAGUGGAAUAAGUUGUAUAAAUUGGGAAGAGUGGGAUUAAGGGAGAGGGUGCAAUAAGUCUGGUAUUAAAUUGGGAUAAAUUGGGAUACGGGACAAGUGGAAUGAGUUGUAUAAAUUGGAAGAUGGAUUAAGGAAAAGGGUGCAAUAAGUCUGGUAUAAAAUGGGGAUAAACUGGGAUACGGGACAAGUGGAAUGAGUUGUAUAAAUUGGGAAGAGUGGGAUUAAGGGAGAGGGUGCAAUAAGUCUGGUAUUAAACGGGGAGAGAUUGGGAUAUAAGUUAGAGGGUGGAAUAACAAUGAUAUCAGCUUUUUUGGACGAGUGUUUUUCUAGUCACAUUAAUUUAUUAACUGGAUAUUGAAACAGGAUACAAUAAUAAUAUGCAAACAGAUAAAAUGUAUGAGAGUAAUUAAAAUUA